CACGAAAGUAAAUUUUUGUAAAUCAUGUUUUAGAGAUUUAUUUGAAGGAGAGCAUGGCGUCCUUAUCGUCACAGCUUCCAAAGCUAUUUCGGCCAUCAAAUUCGUCUCCCUUUUCGAUAUUUCUGCAAUCAAGGGCCAUUAGUUCGUUUGUGAGCAGCAAAAGCCACGAAGAAUAUGGUCGUCGUAACUUCUACACAUACUCUGCGGAGCCAUUUCAUCCUUUGCCAGGGAAAACGCCCGCAUGGAAAUCUCCAAAAGAAGCUGUGAAAGUGAUCGAGUCAGGAAUGAAGGUGUUCGUGCAUGGAGGGGCAGCUACCCCUCUACCACUCCUUGAUGCAGUGGCAAAGAGAGGAAAAGAGGUUGGCCUAAAGAAUGUUGAACUGAUUCAUAUCCACACGGAAGGAUCAGGUGAAUUGGUGAAGCCUGAAUAUGACGGAAUUUUCAGAAGCAACUCCUUGUUCAUUGGAGCAAACUGUCGUAAAGCUGUCAAUGAAGGACGUGCAGAUUUUACACCUAUCUUCCUUAGUGAGAUUCCAUUGCUUUUCCAGCGCAAGAUAAUUCACAUAGACGUGGCUCUGAUACAAGUAAGUCCACCAGACAAACAUGGAUUUUGUACUCUGGGUCCAAGUGUAGAUUGUACAAGAGCUGCCAUUCAGAAUGCCAAAUAUAUUAUUGGGCUUGUGAACCCACAGUGUCCUCGCACUCACGGCCCAGGAGGCAUCCACCAAUCCCAUCUUGAUGUGCUGUGUGUCUCAGAGUUUAAUCUCCCAGAACUGAAGAUUAAUCCAGAGACUUCAGAGGAAGCCAAAAUUGGUCAGUUAAUUGCCGACAACCUUGUGGAGGAUGGUGCCACUCUUCAAAUGGGAAUUGGUUCCAUACCAGAUGCCUGCUUGAGUCGAUUGAUGGAUCAUAAAGACCUUGGCAUCCACUCGGAGAUGUUCAGUGAUGGUGUAGUAGCUCUAACUGAAAGGGGAGCCAUCACUAAUGCUUUUAAAAAAGUGUUACCUGGCCGAUGUGUGGGAAGUUUUGUGAUUGGAACAAAGAAAGUGUUUGAAUUCAUUGACAAUAACCCUUUUGUAGUGAUGUUGGAUGUUGGAUUUGUCAAUUUGGUGUCAGUAAUUGCUCAAAAUCCUAAAGUGACAGCUAUUAACUCAUGUAUUGAAGUGGAUCUCACUGGACAAAUUGUUUCAGACUCUAUUGGAACACGAAUGUAUUCAGGUGUCGGAGGCCAAAUAGACUUUUUACGUGGAGCAGCUUUAGCACUUGACGGAUGUGGUAAACCAAUCCUGGCCCUAAAUUCUGUUACCAAGAAAGGAGAGUCAAAGAUUGUUCCUUUCUUGAAGGAAGGUGGAGGCGUUGUGACAACUCGUGCGCAUGUGCAUUACAUCGUGACUGAAUAUGGAAUCGCUUACCUGUUUGGGAAGAAUCUUAGGCAAAGAGCUUAUGAACUGAUUAAGAUCGCUCAUCCUGAUCACCGAGAGUGGUUAGAGAAAGCUGCUUUUGAUAGACUUAAAUGUAUACCAUCGCCUGAUUAAGGCACAAGUUCGGCACGCCAGUCUGGGACCGAGUCCCGUGUUUGACACGUGAGAGUUGAAACUCUCCAGAACUCUGGGUGAAUCUUAACAUCAAGUCGACAAUCAGCAGAAAAGUUUAAUUUACAUGUACAUGUGUUGUUGCUAAAGGUGACUUUUUGAAUUAAAUUUCUUAUAGGAAA